CCUCUCCUCCUCCUCUCCGUCCUGUCGAGCUGUCAGUUCACAGCAAGCACACAUGAACCUCAAUGCCGCAGACGGAGCUGACCACCCGCCGAGCACACCUCUAGAUAACGGCACCUGGGCGUUUUAACUCACACGGGCCAAGGAAGUGACAUGAGGCCCCUGUCCUCUCCGCGGACCGACCACAGACGCGUAGGAGGAGGGCUGAGCCGCUCGCUGGUUCGGAGCUAACGCCAACAGUUAGCUCGCAGGCUAGCGGUCGCUCUCUGUCAAACGGAGUCCGGGCUAGCACCGCGCCGCCCGUUGGUGAACGUUACACAGCGAAGGUCGGAGGGACCAACGGCUGCUCGGCGGGCGUUUGGACAGCCGCUCAGCGCCGUUCAUGUGUCUCUGUAACCGUGUGUUUUAAGGGCUGCGCGUUGUUCCUGUUUUAAACCUUUAUUUUAUUUUAUUUUUUAAAUUAAUUUUACGGGUUUUAUCGUUUGUGUCUUCUAGCUAGCGGGCGAGCUACUCGGCUAUGCUAACGCCAGCUCAGUGAGAGCUCCGGACUAGUCGAGGGAGGAAGGAAGAGAAGUGACUUAUGAUGUGGGCUGAGGGAAGCAGCGGGCUGGUAGGCGAAGGACAGCAGCAGUAUUAGCUUUUUUUUUUUAAUUUAAAAAAAAAAAACACAUCGCAUUUUGUCACAUUAGUCCUUGUCGAGGUGGGGCCGCAGCGUCAGCCGAGCAGUGUGGGACGUCGGAUGAGGAAUGAGAUUUGGGGCACUUUGAUUUGCGAGCUGGAUAAAUGAUCAGUAUCGGUAUUGCCGAGUCGUGAGCUGGUGGCCACAGAGACACAUUAUCUGCACAGACUGCAACAACCAAGCUUAACUUAAAAGAUGGCUUCGGCGAGCAGCAUUGCCGCAUCUAUUGCGAGCAAAACGAAGACCAAGAAAAAACACUUCGUCGCUCAGAAAGUGAAGCUCUUCCGUGCCAGCGACCCUCUGCUCAGCGUGGUUAUGUGGGGAGUCAACCACUCGAUAAACGAGUUAAGCCAUGUUCAGAUUCCCAUCAUGCUCAUGCCAGACGACUUCAAGGCCUAUUCUAAGAUCAAAGUGGACAACCACCUCUUCAACAAGGAGAACAUGCCCAGCCAUUUCAAGUUCAAGGAGUACUGCCCUCUGGUGUUUCGAAACCUCAGAGAGAGGUUUGGCAUUGAUGAUCAGGAUUUCUUGAACUCACUGACACGCAGUGCUCCCUUGAACAGUGAGGCCCAGGGACGGAGCGGGGCCCGCUUCCAUACCUCUUACGACAAACGCUACGUCAUCAAGACCAUCAGCAGCGAGGAUGUGGCUGAGAUGCAUAACAUUCUAAAGAAAUAUCAUCAGUUCAUCGUGGAGUGCCAUGGCAACACGCUGCUACCUCAGUUUCUGGGGAUGUACCGGCUCACCGUGGAUGGAGAUGAGACCUACAUGAUUGUUACACGCAAUGUCUUCUCUCACCGCCUUUCUGUCUACAAAAAAUAUGAUCUCAAGGGUUCCACUGUGGCAAGAGAGGCCAGCGACAAGGAGAAGCAGCCGCCCCAACCAGAGGAUGUGCCCCCGCGGCCCAAAUCUGGUAACGUUCAGCAAAGGCUGCAAACACUGCGGAUUGCCACGCGCUUUUACUGCGCCAUGAAACACGUAAGAGAUGCCAAGGAGUUGCCCACCUACAAGGACAAUGACUUCAUCAAUGAUGGGCAGAAGAUCUACAUUGACGGGGAGAACAAGAAAAUGUUCCUGGAGAAGCUCAGGAAAGAUGUGGAGUUCCUGGCCCAGCUCAAGCUCAUGGACUACAGUCUGCUGGUGGGGAUCCACGAUGUGGAGCGAGCCGAGCAGGAAGACGUGGAGAGCGAGGACAAUGAGGCCGAGGAGGAGGGUGAAAGCGACGGAGGGGGCAUCGGAACGCCCCCCGACAGUCCCAGCAACACCCUGGACAGCACCAAGCCUCUGUCACCUGGGGAGUUUGAUCCCGCCAUUGAUGUCUACGCCAUCAAAAGCAAUGAGACUGCUCCCAGGAAGGAGGUGUACUUCAUGGCUGUCAUAGACAUCCUUCAGCAUUACGAUGCCAAGAAGAAAGCUGCCCACGCCGCCAAGACUGUCAAACAUGGGGCCGGAGCGGAGAUCUCCACAGUGAACCCAGAGCAGUACUCCAAGAGGUUUUACGAUUUCAUCACCACUAUCCUGUCAUAGCCUCCAGGAACGACAGGGGGCACAGAGGCACAUGGGAAAGGGAGGGCAAGUGGGGAGUAGAGAAGAGAAGGGACGGAGAGAAAAACCAUCGAGAGGCUGAAUUAAUAAGGUGCUGUGAUGGCUUUGUAUCACUCUCCCUCAUCCAUUCUCCUCAUCCCUCCCUGUUUUACUCUCUUUUUGUGGGGUGCCACGCUCUGCAGCUAAAGAAAACAUAAUUCGUUUACAUUUAACCUCUCCUCUGUUGAGUUUUGUUUAUGUGUUACUUUGGAUGAUAAGGGUGUUGAAAGCAAGUGUCCGAAGUCAUUACGUUUUUUUUUAUAUAAUUUGUUUUUGUCUGUAUGGUUUAUGUGGGAAUAUGGCUUUUUUUUUAUUGCCUCUAAUACAACAUCAAGCACCCUGGGUUUUUGGGGGGGAGUGUUUUUAUUUGUCUUUCCCUUAUGAUGUUUGGAAGGGGGGGGGGGUUGUGUAUAGUGUGAGCUCAAGGGGUUGCAGAGGUCAGAUUGCGGCACAUGGAGAAGGCUUAAGCAAGAUGUAACAAGGAAGUUUAAUGUUGAGCCUCGCCUAAUGCAAUUGCUUCAUUUCAGGAAGUAGGAAGCAGUCUUCCAAUAGGCCAACAGUCAGAGCCCCCACCCAAAUGCUAUACAAGUACUCAGCCAAACAAAUCUUCCUAUUUGGGUUCCUCCUCCAUCACUCACCCAUUCGAUGCGUCCCCUUCCCCCUCCCACUCCUUUGUGUAUAGUUAAUGAAUUAAACUUCCGGGUUGUCCUCUUGCCACACGCUCAAACAAACACUUCUCAUCAGUUGAGAUGAGUUUACUUGUUGCAGUAAAUUGUACCGCUUGUUUCCAGCACUAGUUGCAACUCAGUGGUCGUCAGUGCAUUGUUCCUUUUACUUUGUCAAGAUGCACAGUGAUUAAGAAUGAUUAAGGGAAGGAUAUGUACCUUUUUAAAAUGAGAAGAGGAGUGAUUCGAGCACACGGUGUCAUUUACUUGCAUUCACUCUGAAUACGUUGGGCAUUGUUACGAAGGCCUGGUCUCUGUUCCUGUGGCAGGAAAUGACCCAGAAGUCUUGUGGGGCUGUAGUGAUAAAGAGUCACUCCUUGUUAUAUCUUCGUAAAGGGUGUCACAUUAAAACAUCAACAGCCCUUAACUUUCUGUUGCCAUCAGCACCUUAUGAGUAAAAUCAAAAAUGUUGCACUUUUAUUUGUUGUUAGAGGUUAGGAGCUCUCGUUCUGUUACAUGCGCUGCAACAAAGAGGAAAAGGAACUUUGCUUUCUUAGAAUUGAAUCUUACGAGGCCUGAUCUCAAAUCCCAUCUCCUCCGCCAUUUCUCACCUGGGUACUUCUUACUGUAGGGAUUGGUUGGGAAGAAUUUACUGCAAUAUUAAGACGGAGAAAGUGAAUGAGUUCUGUUUACAGGGCUUUCGUAAAACUAACCUUUACAAUCCUUUUUUUGAAAUGCUCUGCGGUGUCGUGGUGGUGGGUUUUGGCACCAGGCAACAGUGCGACUGUGCUUGUGCGUUCAGGGCAGACAGAAGACUGUUUACCUCCAGCAUCGUACCAGCGCACACCCAAUGAUGGCGAGCGAUGUGUGUGUCAGUGUUCAAAAGUUGUAAAGGGGCGGGAAAAAGCAAGAGGAGGAGGGAGGUUGGGAAGAGUAGCUGCAGAUGUAAAGAUACGUGUUGUUAAGUCAUUAACACCAACAGCGUCGUUCUCUUCUCUAACCUCAGCUGUGAGUCUGUUAUUCGUUGUUUGUGUUAUUUUUGACAUUUUUUAUAGGUGGUUUAUCUGUGUUUGAAUUUGGCGGUUUUAUGAAUUGAUGUGGUAAUAUUUUUUUUGUUUCUGUUUGAGGUUUUUUUUGUAUAUUUUGCACAAGAGGAAAGGAACCAAAUGUUACGAAUAUGAUCCCAAUUAGUUGAUAUGGUCUUAACAAGGGAAAUGCAAUAUACUUGUAUGUAAGUGAGAAAAGCUGUUGUGAGUGUGACGUUGUGUAUCACUUCUGGAUAACCAACUAAAACAAGUAAAGUCGUCCUCCUUGACUAUUUUAACCCAUGCAAAAAGCUUCCAUCACAAUAUGUUUGUUUGAUAUCAUAGAUUAUAUUCACAUUUAUAUUUUUACAUUGGAUUUUAGUCAUUAAAUAUAGUUGUAUUUAAAAAAAGAAAAAAGGAGCCACCCUUAGGAAUGAAUGAUGGUGCUGUGGUAAAUGAAGAAUGAUACUGCUUGAAUUUAUACAAUGCUUACUAUCGAUGUACUUAAAAAAAGAAAAAGUCAUAAAAAAAAUUGCAUGUCACAGGACUAAGUUUCCUUUUCCCUCUCUAGUCUGUGUUGUUGGCUGUUCAGGUUCUCUUUGUGUCCCUACACUUUAACCAGAUUUGUGAGCUGUUCAGCGUAAAAUAGUCCCUACCAUGCUUUAAAUAACUGUUUUUCAUUGUAUACACUGUGCAAAAUGUGUGCCUUUAUACUCCAAAAUUAUUUAAUUUUAUAUUUUGUAAUCUUUUUUUAAAACAAAGGUAAAAGGUUAUUUUAAUAAUAGGGUGUUUACUUUGACAUGCAUUAUUUCCAACUUUAUUUUCAACCUUCUUCCACUCCGACCCCUCCGUAUUUAGAUCUGUUCCUAUUACUCAGUCAUGCUAAUGAUUGUGUUUUAACCGACAGAAAGAAGUGAAUAGCUGUCUUAAAUUUGAAAAUAAUGGGUCGGUUUCAAUUCUGUAAAUUCAAAUCCACCAUCGUGAUUAUUCAGUGUGUACAGGCGUUUCUCCUCCUCCUCCUCCGAGCGAGGCCGAUGUUAAUCCCUUGUUCAUUCACGUUGGUCCUGCCUUUAUAAAGAGUGUGCGUGCGUGUGUGGAAGUGCAUUGUGGAACGUGCGUGUGUCGUGAUUGUGUUUUGUCGUGCUAGUCCUCGCUAACUGAUUGCCCCCCCCCACCCAAACCUCAGGAGUCUGUCAGCGAUCUUCAUCACAUUUAUUCACAUACCACAGAUGCAGUCACAUUUCAGGAAUGUGAUUUUUUUUUUUUCUUUUGAGUGUUUGUCCAAAAUUUCACCUUCAACUCCUUUUCAUUUCCGAAACAGGUUUAUGUUCUCUUGCUUCCUUACCUCCAUUUUUUUGUGUGUAAUCCAGAUCACCUACGUGUUAUCAGCUGAUAGUUCAUCCUGAGUCAGUGAAUAGUUGAUAUUUCUGUGUUCUUUCACUAUUAAUGGGCUGUUUUGUUUCUAUUGUCACAUAGCUCAUACUGUACAUAGAUUGUGUCCUAAAGAAAACGGAAUGAGGGAACAAAAUCGUCUUCUAGUCUGCUUUGCUCUGUUUGGCCCUGGAGGCUCCCCUGUAGUCAGACAUAAGCAAGUAGAAAUUUGCAUGCUGGGAGAGUGAGUUCUCUUUUGCUUUGUUUUGGGGGAUAUUCACUCUGGAUCUCACGUGAGAAAGGCAGUGACAAUGCCAGACUUUAACAGAUGCAAGUUAAAGACGAUAAUAACACGCGCCCUGCUGCUGUACCGUAAAAUGAAUCCUUGCUUUUGUGACUUCUCUCAUGAAUGAGCUCCUUCACCCGUUCACCCCACCCACCGGUCCACCUGCUGCCACUGUUAACUUGCCAAAAGCAUCUUUCAGCAGUCAGAACUACCCCACAUGAGCUUGAAGAACAUCGUGUAUCAUAUAAUGUGUUUGUUUGAACUGAAUUUGUUUGUUUUUUAACGUGUACUGGGGAAUUGGAGCGAAGUGUGCUGAUAUGUGAACAUAUGUCCAGAGUUGUGGGAAACGGCCCCUGUGUUGAUGUGGUUUAAGUGUUAAGGGGAAUAUUUGGUUACAAAUACAAAUGACCGGAGGCCGGGCAAGAUCUGCAGAGCUGGAAAAAAAAUGUCCUUUGGCUUUAAAGUUCAAAAUCAACAAAAUCUUUUGUGGAGAAAAAAAUAAUUUUGGAAAAGAUUUGAACCCCUUUAAAUUUGCAUGUGGAAGUUAACACACACCAGGCCAGGAAAAGGUCCCCUCCUGCAGUUGAGCUCCGGUCUCACAACAGUCCUGAGUACUUUUAGACUACAUCUAAAAGACUUCCAUUACUGUGUGUGUGUAUGUGUGUGAGUGUGUGUUUGUUUAUUGGUGUCUGACAAUGGUUGGUGAGAGUUCCCUUUCAGUGGCAGAGAGGCCAAAAUGUUGAUGUAUGUUUAUUGUUCUUCACAUUUAAUGAUGAUGAUGAUAAUAAUAAUAAUACACUCCAUUCCAUAAGCGUUCACUCAAACCAAUUAAAGCACUUGUUCUGCUUAACUCAAA